GGCUGGGCGGGAUUUGGCCCAUGGCUGGCAGGAGGGCCUGCCCACGAGGAGCACAGGUCUGUGCCAGCCUCAAGUUGUUCCCACACAUGCUUCCUUUUUUUUUUUUCUUAAUACAUUCCUCUGCUUGUUCUUAAGUCAUCAACUUUGCUAAUACUCUUGCCCGUGACCUGGCUCUGUGUUUCUGUAAGAGAAGAAAUGAGCUGUUGUGGGCCACUGUUUUCAUAUACAACUAAAACUUCCAGUCACAUAACUCCUCAUAGCCUUCACUUCUCCUCUUGUCUAUAGAAUAAGAAUACAGUUUAUUUCUUUAGAGAUGUAUUCUGAUAGCUGUAAGUACAGAGCACUUUGAGAACCUUGUAUGCUAAGUGGUGGGGAGAUUGCAAAACAAGUUCUAUUGAGAAAGCUAUUUCAUACUCCUGUUUUCACAUGCGUGACAUAGGUAGAAGGGGAAAAGUAAAGGCAUUUUAUUAAUAUAUGUACUGAAUUAAUUCCUCAGAACCAGGUAGGUAAAUUGGGAGCUUGCAGAUAUGUGCUGAUGCAUUUUUUUAUUAAAUUUAACACAUCUUGAUUCCUAGCUUGAGUGUGUUUAUUACUCUUAGACUGCAGAGUAUGGUUGAGAUGCAGAAGUAUGAUGUGUGUGGUAAUAAGGGUACUUGCAGAAUUUGCACUUUAACGGGGUAAUCUGUCAUGGUUCUGAAAACUGUAUUGAUGUAAGAAGGUAUAUUUCUGGUACUUUUGGUUGUGUAAGUCAUUUGUUUUAUUUAUCUUCAGAGUGUAAAAUAGCAUGCUGCUGAUUGUGGAAGUUGCUAAAACCUCCUCCAUGUUACAAGCCGCAUGUGUGUACUAGAGAAAAUUAUGAGAGCCUUGCUUUCCCUCCCCUCCUUCAGUUCAUAUACUUGAAUAUACAUAUACAUGUUCAUAUACUCACAUGCAUUGUGUGCCUUUGGAUUCUAAGUUGAAAAUAAACAAAGUUGUUCUUACAUAUCAGUGCUUCUGAAAAAAAGAAGAUUGUUCUUGAAUAAAAUCUGUAACUGGCCCCUUCAGAGAGGUCCUCAUCCCUUUUGCUGUUUGACUGCUAUUGACAUAACAAAAAGCAGUUGACCUUGAUUCUAGUUCUUCAUUCACAUCGUGUGAAAUACUUCCAAUUUGGUAAGCAAUUCUAACUAGGGACUAUGCUUUUCCUUCUGUAUUAGGCAGUGUCUAACACAGUGUAUCAGUAAAUAGUAGGUAAUUUAGAAUUUUCACAGCAGAGUGUAGAGUUUUCUUUGUGGUUGUUGAUUUGUGAUGAAGAUGUGUUUUGACUAACGAUAUAAAAUUCUGGUAUUACCACAUAGGUAGAACAAACCUAGAUUAUCUUUCAGGUCCUGUAUUGGAUUUGUAAGAUUAAAAUGUAGAGAAAACAUCUGGGCACUUCUGACUGGUCUGCUAAAUAACAGAAAGAAAAGUUGGUAGUGAGUAUUUUAUAUACAGUUUUCAUCAUUCAGACUACACUGAUGCUUAUGAGUUGUCCCACUAGAAGAAGGACAAGUUGAACUACAUCCAUUUGUAUUGGUUAAAGAUUUGUCACUUUGCUUUGUCUUUUGAAACUGUAUAAGAAUAUAUGUAUUAUAAUUAUGUAGGAGAUCUUCAGCGCUAGCUUGCGAUAAAGACUAGACACAUUAAACUUGUCUUCUGAACGUUCUGAGAGAAUUCAUUUGUGCCAUGCUUUGGAAUGCAAAUACUCAUUUUCCAUAGCUGAAUGUGAUUAGCUUCCAGCCCACUUUCCUUGACUGUUCUUUCUUAAACCAUUUGUCUCCUUCCUGUGUGACUUGUUAAGAUGGACCAGAACUCACUAAGGGAAAAUGAAGGCUAAUGCCUGCAUCUGUGUGUAAGUGUGGAAGUUUUCUGCAAAUUUACUGCUGUGUACUGUUUUGCUUUCAAACUUAUGGCCAGUAGUUGUAACUCAAAGUAUUUUUUCCAGCAUUCAUGGUGAGCUUUAUGGUUUGCUAAUAUCCCAGAGGAGAGGUCCUGUGUCCCUCAUGCCGGGCAAUCCUGUGCUUUUGAGAGCAGCAGGCAGCCAGCAUGGCUUAAGCUUUGCUAAAACACAACAUCACCAGACUGAAACUACUGAGGACUGUUCUGCUGUGGAGGCAGGAAAUGCUAUCACCAUAAGUGUGUCAGUAGAAAGGCACAAGUUUCAUUUUACUCCCAAGGUGGAUUAACAGCUCAUUGCUCCUCCCAGCCAAGUUGUGCCACCUCUGGGAAGCUACUUUAAAACAUGCCAAAAGCAGAUGACUGCAUUUUUUUUUAUUAUUUUUUUUGCUGGUGAGUUAAGUUGGUGCACUACGCAUCAAGGGGAGCACUCAUGGGAGAUGCAAAUAGUAGGAGUGAAAGAUAUUAGGGGAGAGCUGAUGCAGCUUUGUACCACUUGGUCUUUGAUGGGGAAGCUGCAGCUGACAGUAUGACUGUUCUUGAUCCCUAGCAAGCUAGUCACUUGCUUUAAUUAUGUUUAAUCCUGGUCCCUGGGAUAUCUAUCAAGAAUUUCUGUGCGUGUACCAGUGCAGACAAUAUAACUAUAUUCCUUAAUCAUUUUUUUUGCCUUUCAAGGCAUUUCCUGCAAUGCAGUCUUAUUUACAGUCUGUCCAUUGUCUUAUUUACUGCCUUUCACUUUGUUUUGUGAUGAUGCGUGAUGUUGUCAGCAUCAGAAUUGCCAUUGUUGGAAAUAAAUUCUUGGCGUGUUAAAGUUCAUACAUAGUUGGUGGUUUUUUUUAGUAUGUAUGGAGAACCCUAUGUAGAAUGCAUCAGGACUGGAAGUUGUGGAGGGCUGACCAUUUUCAGAAUGGACACAAAGACACACAUGGGUGGAGCCCAUAUGCAUGAAGGCCGGGCUAGCUCCAUUUACAGAUAGUAGAAGAUGAAGGUACAAAACUUAUCGGUGAAGAGAUGGUUUCAUGGUUUUGCUCAGGCUGAGUUCAUGCUGGGCUGAGUUGAAGCAGUAGCAGAAGGUGGUCAGAGACUUUUUUUUUCCCAGUACGUUUGCGGCUCUUGGAUGUCUGAUAUGUUCUGACAACUCAUCUCUUGCCUUAGCUCUUUCAAGGGGUGUAUGUGAGAGCAUGUGGCCUGCUUGUUAACCACUUCCUUCUUUUUCUGCUCGGAAGAAGUGCUGCGCCUCUGGGGAUGUCUGCAGCUGCUUCAGCUGUGCUAUAUGUGGUUGUGUUCUGCUAGGUCUCAGCAAAAGGUGUGAAUGAGAGAGGCUCUCUGCAGUAUUUAGUGUCCAGUUGUGCUGGCUCCGAAGAACAGCAGCAUCGCAAUGCCCCCUCCUGCUGAUAUAGUGAAGGUGGCAAUCGAAUGGCCGGGUGCCUUCCCCAAGUUGAUGGAAAUCGAUCAAAAAAAGCCACUGUCCUCUAUAAUAAAAGAAGUCUGCGAUGGGUGGUCUCUUGCAAAUCAUGAUCAGUUUGCACUGCAGCAUGCUGAUAGCUCUAACUUCUACAUCACAGAGAAGAAUCGCAAUGAGAUAAAAAAUGGAGCAAUCCUUCGAUUAACAACAUCUCCAGCUCAAAACGCACACCAGCUCCAUGAGAGGAUCCAGUCUUCUAGUAUGGAUGCAAAGUUGGAAGCACUGAAAGACUUAGCCAACUACUCACGGGAUGUUACAUUUGCCCAAGAAUUUAUAAACCUAGAUGGCAUUUCUCUCCUAACACAAAUGGUUGAAAGUGGCACAGAACGAUAUCAGAAAUUGCAGAAGAUAAUGAAGCCCUGCUUUGGAGAUAUGUUGUCCUUUACACUGACUGCAUUUGUUGAGCUGAUGGAUCAUGGGAUUGUAUCGUGGGAUACAUUCUCUGUGGCAUUCAUUAAAAAGAUAGCAAGCUACGUGAACAAAUUUGCCUCAGACAUCUCUAUCUUACAACGGUCACUAGCAAUCCUGGAAUCAAUGGUGCUCAAUAGCCAUGACCUGUACCAGAAGGUGGCACAGGAGAUCACAAUUGGGCAGCUAAUCCCACAUCUCCAGGGGACAGACCAAGAAAUCCAGACAUACACCAUUGCGGUAAUAAAUGCACUUUUCCUUAAAGCUCCAGAUGACAAGAGGCAGGAAAUGGCGAACAUUUUAGCACAAAAGCAGCUCCGCUCCAUUAUCCUAACUCAUGUUAUCAGGGCGCAGAGGGCCAUCAAUAAUGAAAUGGCACAUCAACUUUACGUUCUCCAAGUACUUACUUUUAACCUUCUGGAAGACAGAAUGAUGACAAAAAUGGAUCCACAGGAUCAGGCUCAACGGGAUAUCAUAUUUGAACUCCGAAGAAUUGCAUUUGAUGCAGAAUUGGAACCUAACAACAGUAGUGGCAGUAUUGAGAAACGCAAAUCUAUGUAUACUCGAGACUAUAAAAAACUUGGAUUCAUUAAUCAUGUAAACCCAGCAAUGGAUUUUACGCAGACUCCUCCAGGAAUGCUAGCCCUUGACAAUAUGCUGUACUUUGCUAAACAUCACCAAGAUGCUUAUAUACGGAUUGUCCUGGAGAACAGUAGUCGAGAAGACAAGCACGAGUGCCCAUUCGGCCGAAGUAGCAUUGAGCUCACCAAGAUGCUGUGUGAAAUACUGAAAGUAGGAGAGCUACCCAGUGAGACGUGCAACGAUUUCCAUCCCAUGUUCUUCACACAUGACAGAUCGUUUGAGGAGUUCUUCUGUAUCUGCAUUCAGCUCUUGAACAAGACAUGGAAGGAAAUGAGGGCAACUUCAGAGGACUUCAAUAAGGUAAUGCAGGUAGUGAAAGAACAGAUAAUGAGAGCGCUCACUACCAAGCCUAGCUCACUGGAUCAGUUCAAGAGUAAGCUUCAGAAUCUCAGUUACACAGAAAUACUGAAAAUACGCCAGUCUGAAAGAAUGAACCAGGAAGAUUUCCAGUCUCGUCCAAUUCUGGAACUGAAAGAGAAGAUUCAGCCUGAGAUCUUAGAACUGAUCAAGCAGCAACGUCUUAAUCGACUUGUGGAGGGUACCUGCUUUAGGAAACUGAACAGUCGACGUCGGCAAGACAAAUUUUGGUAUUGUCGACUUUCACCUAAUCACAAGGUCUUGCACUACGGAGACUUGGAAGAAAGUCCCCAGGGAGAAGUACCCCACGAUUCCUUGCAGGAUAAAUUGCCAGUGGCAGAUAUAAAAGCUGUUGUGACUGGGAAAGACUGCCCUCACAUGAAGGAGAAAGGAGCUCUUAAACAAAACAAGGAAGUGCUAGAGCUUGCGUUCUCUAUAUUGUAUGACUCAAGUGGUCAGUUGAAUUUCAUUGCCCCGGACAAGCAUGAGUACUGUGUAUGGACCGAUGGGCUGAACGCCCUCCUUGGGAAAGAUAUGUUGAGUGAUUUGACACGAAACGACUUAGAUACGCUGCUCAGCAUGGAGAUAAAGCUACGCCUCCUUGACUUGGAAAAUAUACAGAUCCCAGAUGCUCCUCCACCUAUCCCAAAGGAGCCCAGCAACUAUGACUUUGUUUAUGACUGUAACUGAGGCUGCCACUGAAACUUGCUUCGAAACUGGAGAUAUUAUAACUGGAGAGAUAUUAAAAAAAGAAGAGUGUGUGAGAAAAACAGAAACCCACUUGUGCACCUUGGAUUUUGGCUUUGGGGAGGGAUGUAGAAACACUUGCAUUCUUCCCCGCUCCCUGCAUCCUUUCCUUCCCCAUUCCCAUCUUCCCCAUUGCUCAUCCAAAUCCACAUCGCUUUAAUUAACUUUUAAUUGCAGGCCAUUGGCCUUGCUUAAGGCAAAGACUGCCACUAAGAAGCACCCUCUCGAGGACUUUUUUUACAUUUUUAAUACUGGAAUAGACAUUCUUAACUAAAGGACGACGCUACCAAACCGCAUGCCUCUGGCACCCACUUGUCAGAGCAGAGGCUCUAACUGGAAGAAGGAGGGAGGUAGGGAGAAGCAGCAGCUACUGUAAGCAGAAGAUUUCCCCAGAUACUCCCAAGAGUUUGCUCACAACUGAAUCCAAUGCAAUGACAAAAAAGAAAAAUAAGUUAACUGCUUCCCAGGACUCUCACCGUUCAUCACUGUCAUUGUUCUUUCCACUGUCAUCUCAGCUCUUAUCUCUGGCCUCCACCCAACUGAUCAGCUCUCAGAAUGGAAAGUCUGCAGGUUUUUGCUGUACCAUAUGCUGUGAUGCCGCAACAGCUUUUAACUUCUUUUCCUCCCAGCUCUCAAAUAGCCCUACACUAGCAGUCCACUAGCACAAACUGUUUAUGAAGCCACUAGUGUGCCCUGUCCCUGUAGCAUUCCCUAAGCCUCAACUGCCUCUAAAAUUGGCUUGUUGCUACUCAGAGUGAUUUUUAUUUUCUUGGUCCAAAGUUCAACAGUAAUUUCCACAAGUUAAUUACAACUACCAGACAUUUAGGUUUACAUUGUUGUCAUUGCUACAGUGUUACAAAUUUGCAAGGGAUUUUCUUUUGUACGGGUUCUAAUUUUAUUUUAUUUUUUAUUUUGCCAGACAAAUAUAUUUAAUGAAAACUAAUUUCAUUGUGAGUACUUUUGGGGAACAAUAUUUUUACUUAAUUUCCAUUUGGAACACUUGCCCUGAGGGGAAAAACCAAUAUUCCCUUCAACUUUGCUGUUGAAUAAAAAUCUGAGUUGUGAUGAUUCUUGGAA